AUGAGUUGGGCACAGUGGUGGCCGCAUGACCCAGCCCCCAAAACGGACUCCCUUGAUCCGUACCUCGUCAAAGUGGAGAAGCAAAAGGUUUACUGGUACUGUGCGUGCGGGACGAGCAAAAACCAACCAUGGUGUGAUGGAACCCACAAAGGAAGUGGAAGGAAACCCAUCAUGUACAUCCCGCAGACAAGUGGAUACAGACUUCUGAGUGGUUGCAGGCAGAGCACACACCUUCCGCAUUACGAUUUUUCGGAUUUAUGGGUCCGAGCGAAUAAGAACGUGCCGAAGGCGGCCGUCUUUACGUACGUCGCGCUUUUUUCGUUUGGCAUUAUGACCACCUGGUUGUUUCACCCGUAG